AUGACAAGCACAACCACUCAGACUACCGAGACCAACGGCUGGGGUCAAGAGGCUUCCCAUUCAGCUGCUGGUAUCAGCGCAGGCAAGUGUUUAACCCACCGUUUGUUGGAAAAUAGAUCACGGAAUAUAUGGCUAACCCCCGUAACAGAUGAGAUCGCCCUCUAUGACCGACAAAUCCGUCUCUGGGGCAUGAAAGCCCAAGAGAAGAUCCGCUCCGCCAACAUCCUUCUCAUCACCAUGAAAGCGCUCGCCAACGAGAUCGCCAAGAACCUCGUCCUAGCAGGCAUCGGCUCCCUAACCAUCAAUGACCACGCCGUCGUCUCCGAAGCCGAUCUAGGCGCGCAAUUCUUCCUCUCGGCCGAGGAAGGUCACCUAGCCCAGAAUCGCGCCCUAGCCGCCAGCGCCGCCCUCCAGCGUCUCAACCCGCGCGUCAAAGUGGUUGUCGAUACGGACGACAUCCGCAGCAAGCACUCAUCCUUCUACUCGUCCUUCGACAUCAUCAUCGCCACCGACCUCGAUGCCGACACCCUCAACGUCAUCAACACCGCGACCCGCAUCCACAACCGUAAAUUCUACGCCGCCGGCAGCCACGGCCUCUACGGGUUCCUAUUCGCCGACCUAAUCGAGCACGACUUCGUCAUCGAGCGGCAGCGCGCCAACCUGCCCACCAGCCUGGGUCCAGAAACCAAGACCCGCUCCAUCAUCUCCGUCGCGCCCAAGGAGCCAGAAAACCCCAAAAACGACAUCGAACUAGUCACCAAGCGCGAGCUCUACUCCACCUGGCUCCUCGCCUCCUCCGACGCCUCGCACCUUCCCUCAGAAAUCCUCUCCUCCCCGCGCCGCAAACGCGCCGUCACCCCCGUGCUAUCCUGCCUCCGCGCCCUCUGGCAAUUCACUUCCACCUUCGGCGUCCCGCCCACCGGCCCCGAGCUGCUCACCAACCACACCGCCCUGGCGGCCUUCACGCAGAUGUGCAGCGACAAGCACAAGGCGCUCGGGCUGCCCGCCGAGACGCUGCGCAGCGAAGUGCUGCGCUCCUUCCUGCAGAACGUCGGUGCGGAACUGAGCCCCGUGGCCGCCGUGUUGGGCGGACAGCUGGCGCAGGACAUGAUUAAUGUGCUGGGGCAGACGCAACAGCCUGUGCAGAACUUUGUGGUGUUUAGCGGGGAGACGAUGGAGGCGAAUGUUUAUGCGCUGCAUCCGCGGGAGGGCGAGCUGGGCAGGGGACUGUUGCCGGUUACGAUGGGCGUUAUUGAUGCUGCGGCGGAGGUAGCGGGCAGGGAGGGAGGCGAGCAGGUUGAUUUGACCAAGUUGGGGGGAAAACAUUUGGGCCAGCAGCCUUCUCAGAUGGAGGGUGUCGAGCAGCAGCAGGCGGGUCAAAGUAACGGAACAUCGGUCGAGUUUACGGGCGCUGCUGGACAACAGCAGGAGCAAGCGCAGGCGGGAGCUGAUGCCGGUGUCGGUGCUGGUAGCGCUUGA